UUUACCCCGAAAUGUUGGGCAGUUUUACGGGGCUUGGGUUGCCCUUUGUGGCUCGCUGUCAUGGCGUACAGCGACUAAUCUCUUGUGCCCGUGUGUAGCGGCGUGCAUGUUUGUGGUGUUCAUGAUCAUGCACACGAACUCAUGCAAAAGUGGUGUGGUGCACUGUGCGAUUGUGAUAUAAGUUUGCAGCGGUUACAACAAAAUGGAAGCCACAACUGCAGUUGUUCAGCCAGAGCAACUGACUACGGUCCAAAGUAUAGCAACCGCCAGUCAACCCAUGCAGCUACAAGUACAGCAAGCUGGACAACAGGCACAAGUAGUUCAAGUUGGUGGGUCGGGUCAGGUGAUGUCCUCUGGCCAGCCAAUCACCAUCCAGCUCGCAGGUGGUCAGGGAGGAACCGUCCAAUUACAGCAAGUUGGUCAGAUGUUGCAGGUUACCGGCCAAAAUGGACAGGUCCAACAAAUUCAGUUAGUUCAGCAACCUCAGCAAGUACAGCAGGCACAACAAACACAGCAGCAGCAACAACCACAACAACAACAACAACAACAGCAAAUAACAGUACAGCAACCACCACAGACACAACAGGUCAUUCAGUUACAGCAGAAUGCAACAGGUCAACAGCAGGUCGCAGGUCAAGCUGCAGGUCAACUACAGCUACAGCAGUUUGUGACAUCAGAUGGUCAGACAAUCCUGUAUCAGCCCGUCGCUAACGCAGAUGGAAGCGUUGGGUUACAACAGACCAAUCAGAAUGCUGCCAACAACCUCAUGGCUGCGAUGCCAGUUAACUCUGACGGCGGAAUCGUAAUGAUGGUCCCAGGAAGUGGUGGAAUCCCAACCAUGCAGAGAAUACCCCUACCGGGGGCGGAGCUACUGGAGGAAGAGCCUUUGUAUGUCAAUGCUAAACAGUACCAUAGGAUACUUAAGAGGCGGCAGGCAAGAGCCAGGCUAGAGGCGGAAGGAAGAAUUCCAAAGGAAAGGAGGAAAUACCUUCACGAGUCGAGACACGCCCACGCGAUGAACAGAGUACGAGGCGACGGAGGGAGAUUCAACCACGGCGCCGGCGGGUCCAUGGGGGACUCGUUCGAUGCAGAUUCACCGACGAUGGUCCCAAGGUCAAAGUUCACUCACAAUGAAAAUGCACCACAACAGGCACAGUAUGUAGUGACGGGACAGGCCGUUAACUCGGAUUCCGACGGCUCAUUAAACAUCAACCUUGAAAUGCUCAGCGGUGCCCCGCAAAUGGCGACCAGCAACCAAUCGCUUCUGGAACAACCUCCGAACAUCACGACCAAUGGGGCAACAACCACUGCGUAAAGAAAACCAUCAUUCAGUAAGGAGUAAUGAAAUACCGUUUACUACAAGAUUUGUGUAAGUUUUUGUAAAGUUUUUGAUAAUGUACUUACAAAAUAACCUCUAUUGCUAGCCCAUUCUGUUGUGCAUAAAUAGGCCUAAAGAAUUUAUCUUUAUAUGUUGCUUCUCAAUAUCCAAGCUAGUGUAGGAAACACCUUUUUGCAGCUAAACUACACAGAUUUUACUCCCGAGUAUAGGUUUACUUCCUCGGCACCGAUUCACGCCACUUCCAUAACACGCAUUUGAUCGUUCACUCAACACAAAGCACGAACUCUAUUAGGAAAAUGUAAAUUUGUAUUGAAACUUCGCAAAGUGCUCCACAGCACCUGCUGUGGGUUAUUACGUGGUUUAGACCGUAUUCAAUAACCUUUUUUUUUGCUAUGAAAGUCGCCAUCUUGUAGGGCAAACUGUAUGCUUGUUCUAACGGACACAUCAAUGAAGCACGCAGCCUUCCCGGUUAGAUUUCUACGGCUCAUGCACUAACACAGACGCCAUGUUGUAGGGCGGAUAUUUGAAUGGUGACGUCGUAUUCAAUAAGGUCUAUUUUCAAAAUCCAGCAAAACUCACAUUGAAAUAUUUCAAUUUAGAGCUGACAAAUGAUUUCUCACCUAGUGAAAUAUCUUUACUCUACUGUUUCAAAAAUCAUUGAGAUCAUUCAACAUAAAAUUGACGGGGUCCAUGGCGUUUUGUACACCCGAGGGGGGAAAUGGCACCCCAGGCAAAGCCGAGGGUGCCAUUUUCC